CCAAACAGAAAUCCUCAGCCCUGCAAAAUCCUGAAAUUGCAGAGCAAUAAGAAGACGAAAAUCCCCAAUUCGAACAUGGCUUCUGUAGUCUUGACAAUCCUCUGUGCAGCGAGCUUCCUAUUCAUGGCCGUCCGGUCCGACGGCGUCUCUCUGGCCACGGGUCCGGCGGCGGCGGCGGCGCCUGCGGCCCCGGUGGCCGCGGCGCCGAGCUCCGGGACGCUGAACAUAACGGCCGUUCUGGAAAAGGCCGGUCAGUUCAAUACAUACAUAAGCCUGCUGAAAUCCACACAGGUGGGAAAUCAGCUGCAAAUUCAGCUCAACAAUUCGCAACAGGGGAUCACCCUUUUCGCCCCCUCGGACGCCGCUUUUGCAGCUCUGAAACCCGGCACUCUUAACUCAAUUAGCGACCAGGACAAAAUGGCCCUUCUGCAAUACCACGCAUUGCCCAGCUAUUACACACUCGGGCAGUUCCAGACCGUGAGCAACCCCGUUCGGACCAUGGCGUCGGGGAACGGAGGCCCCUUCGGGAUGAACUUCAGUUCCAUCGGCAACAACGUUAAUGUCUCCACGGGUAUUGUGAACGUUGCGAUUUCCGGUGCCGUCUAUUCACAGAACCCCAUUGCCGUGUAUCAGGUCGACAAGGUGCUUCUUCCUACAGACAUUUUCGGCCCAAAGGCCCCCGCCGCUGCUCCCACACCCGAGGCCGGCGCUCCCAUGGUGACGCCCACCGUUUCUCCGUCAUCUGACGGCUCUGCGUCUUCAACUUCUGGGUGCAGAUCUCGGUUUGUGUCGUCCAAUGGCGUUGCUCUGGCUGUGGCUGUUCUGUCUGUGGGAAUCGUGGCUUGCUUGUAACGUCGGUGAGGUGGUAUUAUUUGUUUUUGCUUUCGAAUUACUGUGCUGUUGUGGGGUGGCCUUCCUUCUUUCCUUGCCCUGAAUAAAGGCCAUUCUUUGUAAUUGCGGUGAUGUGGGUAUUAUUAUUAUUGCAUUCUGUAAGCGCCAUGUUCAGAUUUUGUAUUCUGUAUUUCAUAUUUUAAAUUUUUGUUAUGAAAUGGGGAUUUCUGAUGGUUUUUGGAA